CACCGAGGUAAGGUUAUCGAAAGUCAAAUAUUCUCAACACUGGACAUUUCAGAGACCCCAAUGCUUCAGAAGUUCUUUCCAACAAAUAAUCCAGUUCAGUACCACAGACUACUAUUACUUCUUGUCUAAAUAAUCAUGACGGAGGGUCUUGCAGAGUUCAUUGUCUCAGGCAUCUCAAAGCCUUGCCAGACUUGGUACAAAGUAGUCGGCGACCUCACGACGUCUCAAGUACCUCUGAUCGUAUUGCAUGGAGGACCAGGAGCUUGUCACGGUUAUCUGCUUCCAUUGGAAGAUCUUACGCCAUCUAUUCCUCUCAUUUUCUACGACCAGAUUGGCAAUGGACUAUCAACUCAUUUGCCAGAGAAAGCUGGCGAUGAAGCAUUCUGGAGUGUCAAACUAUUUGAGGACGAGGUCGAUAAUCUUAUCAGUCAUUUAGGAUUAAAGGAUCGAUUAAUUGAUGUCUUCGGCCAUUCAUGGGGUGGAAUGCUCGCAGCUGCAUGGGCAUCUGAUCCAGCAAGAUCGGAGAACAUUCGUCGAUUAGUCAUCGCAAGUAGUCUGGCUAGUAUGGAGGUGUGGAAGAUUGGCCUUGAUUCACUCAGGAAGCAACUUCCGUUGGAGAUUCAGAAGGUCUUGGAUCGUGGAGAUGAUAGUAAGGAUUAUGAGAGCCCGGAGUAUGAAGCUGCUUUGGAAGUCUUCUACAAGCGACAUCUGAGCCUCACGAGACCAUGGCCAGCUCCUGAAGUUCAGGCUGCCUUCAACUGGUUUGCAAAAGAUGCGACGACGUAUGGUACUAUGUAUGGUCCUUGCGAGCUAGUCCCCGCCGGAAAUCUUCGUAACUGGACGUCGAUUCCAAAUUUGAGCAAGAUCAAGGCACAGACACUUCUCAUGAAUGGAGCAGAAGACGAGGCACAGGACGUCGCAAUGCAACCAUUUUUUGAUCACAUCAAAACGGCUAAAUGGAUUGUCUUGGAUAAUGCGGCACACUUUUGUCACGUUGAUCAACGAGAAAAGUUCAUGAAGCAUUUGAGAAACUUUCUCGUAGACGAAUAGAAGCAGAUCUGGUUGUAGAUCUGUUUGAUUAGUGGAGGUCUAAAUGAGAGGAUGAUUUGGUCUUCUCUGCAAUUCAUCGUUGUCUCCUACACACACAGUGCACAACCCUUCCACAUAGCCUUGUUGCGUAGGUCAAAUCGAUUUUUCUACCGGUACAUGAUGUUUUUGUGCAAAUUUCUCCGGUCAAAAUUAGGUCUGAAGUAACCAAUUGCCGUCGAGAAGAUGGUUUAUACAACCCAUUUGGUCAUUCAUUGAUGAAGAACCUAGGUACACAAUCAGUUAGACAUAGCUAGAUGGUACCUUCCAAUUGCCGCUCACCCACGCUUGUUGCUAAUUAAUAAUCCACGCUCAACUAUUUUUCGAAGGAUAAUGUGAAAGAGAAUUACGUUAAUUUUGCC